CGGCCGAGUAUCGCAUAUACCGUUCCUCCUCGUAGGCAUUCCAAGCGGGAAUUCUCGAAAGCCAGUUGUGUUGUAGAAACCGUGGUGCGGCUUGCCCGCUCGCCGGUACUUUCGACCGAUCGUAAAGCCGACCGACGUUUCACAGCUCCGUCCCGGGGCCGCUUUCAGUAACACGGAAUUUCGCCACGAAAACGGACACAAUCGUUUUGCCUAUAGUGGACUAUUGGAAUCGCAACUCGCCCGGAAACCCCACCAAAGCGAACCCCGUGCAUAAAAUUCUGAGUUUCCUCGCGCCAAUCGGUCACAAUGGAUGUCGAAACCGGGGCCGUUUUGGCCCUGCAGAUAUUGGCUCUGUGCUCGAUAGUCGCAGCCCUGCUGGCUUACCUGAUGCGACAGUCCAGAAAUGCCGCCGACGAAUACGAGUCGCGUAACAAACGUCACGUACUCGUUACCAGCUGUGAUACAUGCGUAGGCUUGCAGAUCGCCCUUGCACUCUACGAAGCCGGCUACAAGGUGUUCGCAGGUCUGCUAGAUCCAACGGGUAGCUCGCCGUCGGUCAAAAUCUUGAAGGCGGUCGAGCUGGAGCGGCAGAAACAGGAUGAACCUGACGGUACGAGCGAUGGUGAUCCGCAGCAACCGGAAGCCGCACGUGCCCGUGGUCAAAUCGUGCCAUUGGAGCUGGAUCCGACAAGGGAGGACAGUUUGCACGCCUGUUUGGACGCUGUCAGGGCAAAACUUCCGGCCGGCGAGGAUGGUCUCUGGGCAGUCGUGCACACAGGUGGCUUGGUUUUACCAGGUGUCAUAGAGAAACAAACCAGUUCAAUGUGGGAGUCCAUGUUGCGUCACAACUUGGUUGCUCCGCUAAGAACAGCCAGAGUAUUCAUCCCUCUAUUGCGUAUCAAGAGAGGACGCAUCGUUCUUUUGGGCGACUCCGAAACGAGCUACGGCAGUAAGACAGGCUCUGGACUGGUGGCUUUCAGCGCGUCCCGAAGAGCCGUGGAAGGUGCCGCGGAGGCAUUAAAAAACGAAUUACAUUCAUCGGGUGUCGACGUCGUGCUUCUCAAACCGCCGCCAGUGAAUCCUCUCGUUCUUUAUGCAUCGCCCGUUCUCAAGACGGUCGAUGUGGAAUCUGGCGUAACAGCCUCGGAAGGGACGUGGACCGCUCCGCUAUCGAUUCAUUCCGUGCAGAACGCUCUGAUUCCUGCGAUUACGACGUCGUGUCCUUUAAGCGUUUACGAUAUGUCUGUCAAGCCGAAGGUCUUCUGUCGAUAAUACCAUGCCGUGUAAACGGACCGAAAGAUCACGAAAUGUAAUAAUGUCGUGGGACUCCUCGAGUCGAUGCAAUACGCAGCAUACGGAGACAAUGGGACGUGGAAUAUAAUGGUACACGCAUGUUUGCCGCCGGUGUCAUUACGUUGACGUGUUAUCCCACGUGCCCUAAAGCGUCAUGUGCGGAAUUUCUUUCUCGGUUUCGUGGUAUAGGCGACACUUGCUGCGUGUGAAUGAUGUCAUUUUUUCAUGUGCUCGUCCCGAGCGAUAUCUAUUAUGAAUUCUCGUUUUUGUUUCCCGUUCAUUUUUGUAUCGCGUUUGCUGUGUCAGGUCUUGGCACCGAUUUGAGGAAAUAUUUAUUAAAAGCCAGUAAUUUUUAUCGCCACUAAAUAAAUUCCUAAUUACCCUUAAUUCUUGAUAAGUUUCCCAUCCCUUUCCCCUUCGAAGGAAAAUUAUUCUAAUGUUAUUCUAAUGUUGUAAAAAUAAGAUCGCUCCCAAAGUAACUAUUAUACAGUCUAGCAUAUUUUAAAAUUGCACAUUCAGUCCGGUGGAUUUAUCUUCGAUUGCGAUGUUUAAAUAUUUGGUUGUGUAGCGACUUCACGAAAUGUAUAUUUUAAGAGGUUGAAACGGAAAAUGUGUUUUACUUGAAAGAUUCGAUGGACGUGUAUGCGAAGUUAAAAGAGUUUUCUGUAUUUGCGCAUGUGUAAAUAUCACAGAUGUAUUCUAUAAAAUGA